AAUAGAGAGGGAGUGCCGCUGUUUUGCGGAAUGGCCACCGCUGCUGCCGCCGCCGUUGUCUUUUGAGUCGGCUUGGGCUCGUUCGGUGGUGUGUUUGAUGUUGGGAGCAAAUGCGCGUGUUUAAAUUUCUAUGGAUCUAAUCUUCAUUUGGAAAGGUUCGACGGUGACGGAGGAGCGACGCCUUUGCGAGUCUCGGUGGAACGCCGCUUGAAGCCGGCUUUCCGGUUGACCGUGCGCCCGGGGCCCGGAGACACGCUUCGCGAUGGCGCUUCCCCCAAGACUGAUCUGUGCAGCAGUCGUGCUGGUCGCGCUUUGGGGACCCAGUCACAGCAAGACGAGUUCAGAUAAGGUGCUGGUCCUACCGGAUGACGUCUACCCAGGCCUGAGCGUGAAGCAGCUUCCCUACUUAGGUCAGUCAUUCGGCUUGACCGGAGAACCCCGAGUAGCGCGUUGCUUCAGCAUGCUGAGCGAUGGUCUGCUUAUGGUCGCCACGAACGUGUCCCACUUAGUCGGGAAGCCGGGAAAAUUGGUUCUGACUGAGACCGACUUUCCAAGUUGGCCGCGAACGCAGCAAGACCGCGUCCACGAUCUGCUCGUGCACGUCAUUCCCAAACAGCAGCUUCUCAAGUUUCCAAAGUCCGAGCUCCGGGGUGCCGUGCUCGAAAACGAGUGCGCCGGGACGACGGUGCUCGAGUUGGACGGUGCUACGCGGGACCCCAACCGCGACGUCCAGUACGAACUUCUGCCUGAUGAGGACGGCAGCCACGAGGACUUCAAUGUGUCCCGCUUGUACGCCAACUUGACGCGGCUGGCGCUUCGCACCAGCCGGCCGUUGGAUCGCGAACGCCGCCGCCGCUACGAGCUGAAACUUCGGGCCUCCGACGACGUCGACUCUGCGUUGACGCUCCUUUUGAUAGACGUGCUGGACGUGAACGACAACGAUCCGGUGGCGGACAGGGAAGCGUAUGUGUUUCGCGUUGCUCGCGACGCCGAGCCCUACACCAUCGUGGGCAACGUGAGCGCUACGGACGCGGACGGUGACAGCGUCAGCUUUCGUCUCGCUGAACGCCAUCCAUUUUUCACUGUGGUGCCCAAGACGGGCGAGCUCAUGGUCACUCGUGGCCUCGCGCCCCAGUCGUACCUGAUGGCCGUACGCGUGGGAGACCGCGGCAAGCCACAGCGCUUCGGACGCACUGUCGCCGUGAAGGUGGAGGUGUUCGAGCCAGAGCCGGCACCGCCCACGCCGCGCUACCUAGAACAUGAACAGCAGCAGACGCGUGUGCGUCGCUCAACGGUCACGAUACGGCCGACGAAAACGUACCGUUUCGAAGAGACCAAGGGCCGUGACGCCAACAAGACUGUCUUCACGCUUGACAAGAAGGCGGUCGACGAGACCUUCGAGCUCGAGAAGCCCGAUCGCUGGGUCUACGUGAGCCCAAAUGGCGACGUGCGCGUCAAGGAGAAAUGGGACUACGAGCAGCUGGAUAAAGAGAAAUCCAUCGAUUUCUGGGUGCUGGCCAGGUCCCCUGGAAGAGCUGAGAAGGAGCGGCAACGAAUCAUCAUCCGGAUAGCGGACGUGAACGAUGAGCCUCCCUACUUUAUCAACCGGCCGAUUCCGAUGCAGGCUGUUGUACAGUUGAAUGCCCCGGCCGGCACUCCUGUCUUCAAGUUGCAGGCCAGGGAUCCGGACACGGACCACAAUAUUCGCUACUCUAUUGUGCGCGACAGGAGUGGCAACAGGUUUGACGUGGACCCGCACUCGGGUGAGGUGGUGACCCUGGGCAAUGCACCGUUUAUGCUGGACAAGGAGUAUGUGCUAUAUGUCAAGGCUGAAGAUCUGAAUGGCCAAGUUGGAGAUAGACAGCACCAGUCAACACGAGAAGAACGCCUCUCAGUGGUUGGUGGCAAGCGCCAACCUCAGUUUUAUGUGCCCUUCUAUGAAGCUGUGAUACCAGAGAAUCAAAAGAAAGACUCGGACAUCAUCGAGGUGAAGGCCAAAUCUUUUGCCGAUCGGGAAAUUCGGUACACCCUGCGAGCCCAGGGCAAGGGAGCUGGUACCUUCAACAUCGGACCUACCAGCGGAGUGGUGAAAUUGGCCAAGGAGCUUGACUAUGAAGACCUCAGGCAGCCAAAGUCAUACUCGCUAAUUGUGACUGCAACUGAAGACUCUGGAGGAUUUUCAACAUCAGUUGAACUAACAAUCAAAGUUACUGAUGUGAAUGACAAUGCUCCACGAUUUGAACUGCCAGAUUAUCAAGCCCACAAUGUUGAUGAAGACAUCGCAGUGGGAACAUCCAUACUUCAGGUGUCGGCAACGGAUAUGGACACAGGCCGCAAUGCUGAACUGACAUACUCGCUCGAUAAGGAAGAUUUCACCAUCGACAGCAGGGGUGUGGUGUACUCCAACCGGCGGCUCGAUGCUGAUGUGAACAACACAUAUGUGUUGACUGUGCGCGCCACGGACCGGGGGGAGCCACCAUUGACUGGCACUGCCACAAUACGCAUCUACACUGAAAACAAAAACGAUGAGUCACCAAAGUUCAGCCAAGAUGUCUACACGCCAAAUGUAGAUGAAAAUGCUGGGCCCAGCACUCUUGUGACCACUGUAGUGGCCAGUGACAAGGAUGGCGACAACAUCCUCUUUGGAUUUGUCAACAGUGGCACUACCUCUGGCAUGUUCCAGAUUGAAGAGAGGACAGGUGUUAUUCGGCUCAUCAAUGGUCCCAUACACCUGGACAAAGACAAAUAUGAGCUGAAUGUGACAGCACGGGAUGAUGGCGCCUGCUGUCGUAAUGGGGCGUUGACCCCUCAUACAAGCACAGCCCUUGUGGUUGUGUUCAUUACGGAUGUGAAUGACAAUAAGCCUGUUUUUGAGGAGUGCCAGACGUACACACCAAAGGUAGAAGAGGGUGCACAGAGUGGAACAUCAGUCAUCAAGGUGAAAGCAAGAGAUCUUGACAAGGGUCACAAUGGUCAAGUACGCUACUCCAUUGUCCAGCAGCCUAAUCAGAAAGGCACAAAGUUCAGUGUUGAUGAGCUCACUGGAGAAAUCAGGACAAACAAGGUUUUUGACCGGGAAGGUGAUGAUGGCCGCUUUGUUAGUGUCACAGUAAAGGCAACGGAUCGUGGUAGCCCACCUUUGGAAGGAGUGUGUUCAUUCAAAGUGGAAAUAACGGAUAUCAACGACAACCCGCCUCUAUUUGACAGACAAGAGUAUAGGGAGAAUGUGAAGCAGGAUACGCAGGUUGGGAUUCAUAUCCUGCGAGUUUCUGCUUCUGACGAAGAUGCAGAUAACAACGGUGCCAUUGUCUACAAUCUGACAGCACCUUAUGACCCUGAUCACCUGGCUUAUUUUUCCAUCAACCCCGAUUCUGGCUGGAUAAGCCUGCAAAAGGCCCUCGAUCGUGAUCAGUAUCAGCUGCGAGCCAUUGCACUGGACAAAGGAGUUCCUCAGCACCAAGCAACUGUGGAAGUGAUAAUAGAUGUCGUUGACAGGGCUAACAAUCCUCCCAUAUGGGACCAGCCUGUGUACGGUCCAAUAUUUAUCAAGGAAAACCUUGAAGUCGGCAGCCGCGUCAUUUCCAUCAAAGCCAGAUCUGGAAUCCCGGAGAAUCCUGAUGUAUUCUACACACUGAUGAAAGGAAGUACCGAGCAGACCAACAAGAAGGACACUUUCUACUUGAACCAGAAGGUGGAGAACGGCCACACAGUAGCAGAGCUGGUGGUCAAUUAUCCUCUGGAUUAUGAACGUAUCCAGCAGUACAAUCUUACCGUUCGAGUUGAGAACAAUGGCAUCCAACAGUUGGCUUCUGAAGCAACUGUCUACAUAGUCCUCGAGGACGUCAACGAUGAGAUCCCCCUCUUUAUUGAGCGGGAGCAAGAGACAGUGUUGGAAGGUUUGCCACCGGGGACCAAGGUGACCCAGGUCCAGGCCCAAGACAAGGAUGGUACCUACCCAAAUAACAAGGUUUACUAUGCCAUAGAAUCGCGUGACCAUGGUGACAAGUACUUCUCUAUUGACCGGGAGACUGGAGACAUCUACACCAAAGUCGAAUUUGACAGGGAGGAGAAGAUGGCCUAUGCAAUCCUGGUUCGGGCUGAAGAUGGGGCUCCGUCAGCGAGACCUCACAUGACGGACAACCGGCCUAACUCAGUGACCAAGUACAUCCGCAUUGGGAUCGGCGACAAGAAUGACAACCCGCCGUACUUCGGCCAGGCACUCUACGAGGCUGAGGUCAACGAAGACGAGGAUGUGCAGCACACUGUCAUCACGGUCACUGCCAAGGACAAGGACGAAUCCUCGAGGAUACGCUACGAGAUCACCCAGGGGAACAUAGGAGGAGCGUUUGCGGUGAAGAACGAGACUGGCGCCAUCUACGUGGCAGGCCCUCUCGACUACGAGACCCGGAAAGAGUUUAACUUGACGCUGGUGGCAUCGGACACCCUGUAUGAGGGCAGCACCACAGUUCUUAUCCACGUCAAAGAUGUCAACGAUCUUCCACCUGUUUUUGGCCAAUCUUCAUACGUGACCACCAUCGAAGAGGAGGUCUCCCACAAUUUGCCAAUGAAAAUUAUGACGGUGACAGCAACUGAUGGUGACAAGGACAGAGAGUCCUUGAUAGUUUACUUUUUGACGGGUCAAGGUGUUGAUGAAGACCCCGGUAAUAGCAAGUUUGCAAUCAACACAACUACUGGAGAGAUAUAUGUACUAAAGCCAUUAGACAGGGACCUUCCACAUGGGCGUUCCCAGUGGCGCUUCACCGUUUUUGCAGAGGAUGAAGGGGGCAACGGUUUGGUGGGCUUUGCGGACGUUCUCGUCAACCUCAAGGACGUCAAUGAUAAUGCCCCCUUCUUCCCAUCAGCAAUUUACACGGGUAAUGUCACGGAAAAUGGAACAGCUGGUAUGACUGUGAUGACAAUGACCGCCACGGACUAUGAUGAUCCCAAUGAGGGCAACAAUGCACGGCUUGCUUAUUCCAUCGAGCAGAACCAGGUUAAUGAAAAUGGAGAGCUCAUUUUUACCAUUGAUGAAGAAACUGGUGUCAUCUCAACAGCAGUCUGUUGUCUAGAUCGUGAGACAAACCCAGAGUACACCAUCAAAGUGGUGGCUGUUGACGGUGGAGGGCUGAAAGGUACUGGGACUGCUACUAUCAAGAUCAAGGAUAUUAAUGACAUGCCUCCAGAAUUUACGAAAAAGGACUGGUUUGUUGAUGUUGAAGAGACUGAAGCAGACAAUAUUCCUGAGAAUCCAAUCUUGGUCGUAUCGGUCAACGAUGGAGAUCUACUAGAAACUAACCGGUUUAGCUACAAAGUUAUUGACAACACAUUUGGCUCUGAUAAAUUCACCAUGGUCACCAAUUCUGAUGGAACUGGUUCGUUGAAGAUAGCCAAGCCUCUUGACUAUGAGGAUUUGCAGCAACGAUUUGGCUUCAAUAUCACUAUUCAAGUUAGUGAUAAUGGUGGGGAAUCUACUGAUCCCUACCAUGCAGAUUAUGCAAAAGUAAAAGUCAGGGUGAAGGACAUAAAUGACAACAAACCUGAGUUUGAACGGCCUAACAUUGAAGUAUCGGUCCCGGAGAAUUCCACUGUUGGCUCGAGUUUGGCAACAUUCAAAGCCACGGAUGCUGACCAAGGUGGAAAAUCGCGUGUCAGCUACAUGAUUGACAGAUCUUCUGACAAGAAGCGACAGUUCAAGAUAAAUCCCAAUGGUGUUGUUGAAAUUCAACGUACACUCGACCGAGAAGACAUUCCGAGACAUCAAGUCAAGAUUCUGGCUAUCGAUGAUGGAGUGCCAUCACGAACUGCAACUGCAACAUUGACUGUAGUUGUUAGUGACAUCAAUGACAACCCACCCAGAUUCCAGUACGACUACAGGCCAGUCAUUCCAGAGCACACACCUCCGCAGAAAGUGCAAGAAAUUUUGGCCACAGAUGAUGAUGAUCGUUCCAAAAACAACGGCCCUCCAUUUACUUUCCGCAUGGAUCCCAAUGCCCCAGAGCUUAUUCAGCAGUUUUUCCGAGUGGAACACGACCCCACUGGUGCAAAUGGAGAUGGCAUGGCUGUGGUGCGCUCUCGGGAAACAUUUGACAGAGAGACACAGAAGGAGUACCUGGUUCCCAUUCUUAUCAAAGACAAUGGAAAUCCAUCACUCACAGGGACUUCUACUCUCACAGUCAUUAUUGGGGAUGUUAACGACAACCGCAUGCACCCCGGCAGCAAGAGCAUCUUUGUGUACAAUUUCAAAGGGGAGUCUCCACCAACGAAAAUUGGGCGCAUUCAUGUUGAGGACCUGGAUGAUUGGGACUUGCCUGAUAAGACAUUCUUCUGGGAGAAUAAUAAUGCCCAUCCCAACUUUGACAUGGACGGCCACACAGGCAUGAUCACUAUGCAGAACUCAACAGGAGCAGGCACCUACCAUUUACGUUUCUUAGUGUAUGACCGUAUGCAUACAAUGGAUGCCCACGCCAACGUGACAGUAACUGUCAAAGAAAUCCCUGAGGAGGCUAUCUACAAUUCUGGCUCCAUACGUGUCACUGGUAUUACUGAUGAAGACUUCAUAAGGGUUUGGGACUGGAAAAAGCAGCGACAAGUGAAGAGCAAAUAUGAAAUCUUUCGUGACCUGAUUGCUGAGCGCAUCAAGACAAAGCCCUAUAAUGUAGACAUCUUCAGUGUCAUCCUCAAGCAGUCACGCCCACCUAUAACUGAUAUUCGCUUCUCUGCUCAUGGCUCCCCAUAUUACAAGGCCAGCUUAUUGAAUGGGGUGGUUGCAGUGAAUCGGAGAGAGAUUGAAGAGAAAGUGGGCAUCAACAUCACCAUGGUGGGCAUUGACGAGUGCCUGCUGGAAAACCACAACUGCGAGGGUAGCUGCACUAAUGUGCUUAUGAUUGAUCGCAAUCCUGUAAUGGUAAAUGCUAACCGGACAUCUUUUGUGGGAGUGAAUACUUGGGUGAAGGCCAAGUGUUCGUGCGGUGCUCGAGACUUUUCUGAGAUUGAGUCCUGCCGCAAGAGACCUCCUCCAUGUUACAACAAUGGUCGUUGUGUUGACACGUAUACAGGAAUCAGCUGUCGUUGCCAGUCCGGAUUUCAUGGACCACAAUGUCAGCAAACAACACGGCAUUUCAAUGGCAAGGGCUGGGCUUGGUUCCCUGCCUUGCAGCAGUGUGAAGACUCCCAUCUGAGCCUAGAGUUUAUGACAGAGCGCCCCACUGGACUUCUACUGUACAAUGGCCCUAUCUCCCGGCCUGACCCUGGAGAAAUUGUCAUUCAAGACUUCAUCUCACUAGAGCUCAAUGCAGGAAGGCCUAGGCUGCUUUUAGACUUUGGUUCUGGCACAGCAGAACUCUUCGUUGACGUUGAGGAACACCUCAACAAUGGCAAUUGGCACCGACUGGAUGUGUUUUGGGACCGACAGUCUGUGCGGCUGAUGGUCGACAACUGCAUGUCAGCACGAACUCAUGAGGGAAAUCAAACCAUUGAUCGAUCCCGUUGUGAGAACAGCACUCAGGUACCUGAGUUCAAUGAGUUUCUUAACGUAAAUACUCCGCUUCAGUUGGGUGGAACUCAUGUUGGUGGCAAGGACCUUGGUGCAUAUGCUUGGCGCCAUCGGCAUACGACGGAGGGAUUUCAAGGCUGUGUAAAAAAUGUUGUUCACAACAGUGAGAUGUAUGACCUCGGCUCUCCUGGAAGCUCAUAUAAUAGUGUGGCUGGCUGUCCUCCUGCUGAGAGCUCAUGCAGUGAAGCAGCAUUGCUUCACCAGUCCUGUGGUCAUGGCCACUGCCUUGGAACCUAUAAGGGUGCAGAAUGUGUGUGUGACCCUGGCUGGCAUGGCCCAAAUUGCGACAGGGAAACACAGUCCAAGAUGUUCCAACAAAGCAGCUACAUCAAGUAUGCACUGCCCUUUGACCCUCAUCCGUACAAGACUGACAUCCAGCUACAGUUCCGUACACGUCAGAAGCAUGGAGAACUUUUCCGCAUCACAAGCAAACAUGGGCGGGAGUAUUGCAUUCUUGAGAUCCGGGACAAGAAGCUGCGCUUUAGGUUCAACCUCGACCGAAGUCGUUCAUCUGAAGAACGCGAGUUGUGGCUUCCCUGGGUGUGGGUGAAUGACGGCCAGUGGCACACAGUUCGUGCCCUACGCUAUGGCGCUUCAGCCAGCCUGGCUCUGGAUGGAGGCAGCGGGCGGCGCUUCAACGAGCUCCUGGAUUGGCAAAGCCCUCACCAGCAUAUGUGGGUUGAGAAGCAGAAUGUUAUUGCCGGUGGAGACGUCCAGUAUGUUGGUCCUGGUGUGACUGUUGUUGACAACGAUUAUCAAGAAGGUUGUAUGAAUGACAUCCGGCUAGAUCAGCACUAUUUGCCAAUGGAGAGUGGUUCUGAAUAUGCAGCUGUAGUUGAAUGGCGCAACCUAAUUGAUGGAUGUCCAUCCAACAACCCUUGCCAUGGUAUCAGUUGCCCACGACCCUUUGUUUGUGUGGAUCUCUGGAUGCUCCAUGAAUGCAGGUGUGUGGAAGGUUUCACACCAACGGAAGACCGGCUUGACUGCGAGGACAAGGAUGAAUGCCUGGAUGAACCGUGCGGCUACACGGGUCAGUGCACCAAUCUGCCCCAUGGCCAAGGCCAUACAUGCCUCUGCCAUGAAAGCCUCGAGUGCCACAACUGCAGCUGCUUCGACGUGGGCGCUGGUGCACGCAUGACCAACACAUCCCUUGCCCUUGGGCUGGAAGCCCUGCUCAUUAUCCUGGCCUGUCUAGUGGUGUACCUGCUUUUGGUCCUGGUGAUUGUGGCAUACACGCGAAGCCGGCGCUCAGAUCAGAAGUUUGGCCAUGGCGGAGUGGAUGAUGAUGUGCGAGAGAACAUCAUCAGCUAUGAUGACGAAGGUGGUGGAGAAGAUGACAUGAAUGCUUACGACAUAACACCCCUGCGAAUACCAGUUGAUGCAUCUGGUAUGCAGAUUGGCACUAAGCCUGGUCCAGAAAAGGCACCGCCUUUGCAAAAGGAAGUGCGUGUACGGGAACCAGCACCCACGGGGGCCCAUCCAGAUGUGGGCGACUUCAUUCGGGACCAUCUGGACAAAGCUGACCAAGACCCUGGGGCCCCACCAGUGGAUGACUUGCGCAACUAUGCCUACGAAGGUGGUGGCUCCACAGCAGGCUCACUCAGCUCCCUGGCCUCGGAGACGGAUGACCAUGAGCAGCGCUUCGACUACCUCAAUGGCUGGGGGCCCCGCUUCCAGAAGCUGGCCGACAUGUACGGACAGGGCGAAAGUGAGGAGGACUAGGCGUCAUUUGCACAAAUGUCCCCUUUUCCCCAUUUCAUUGACACUUAGUCAUUGAUUUUGUUCAGUUUGACCUGCUCUCUUGUCCACUUGCAUUAGCCACUCACCCACACACUCAAGUCGCACAGCUCACGGUAGAUAGGGGCACCUCGCUUUAUUUUUUAAAAAAUAUUUGCUCUUUGCAAGAUAAAAAAUGUCGGGAGAGGCUAUACCAUAAAAAAUAUGCUCAUUCUUGAUGUGGCAGGCUUAUAUUGCCAUUUUUGCCAUAAUUACCAUCUCUGCUUGACCAUCGCAGCAGCAGAUUCUCUUUGCUGCAGUGUAUCAUUUGCGUCUUGGUGGAGACUGGACAACUCGUGCUGUAUUGAGCAUUUCAGGAAUAUCUUAAUAUGUAUGCACAUGCCAUACUGACUUAAUACUGGUGUGCCAUCUGAAUAUCUUUAUGAGCAAGUCUGCUGACUCGGUUUGUCAUGAAUGAGUUAAAGCUGCCCCUACAUCGUGCCCUGUGUUUGGCGACUUGGAUGCCCAAAUCUGCCUCGUGCCUUUCUUGAGGCUGGUCAUUGAAUCAUCCCAAGUGUUUCCUGCUUCAUUCUUUGUAUAGUUCUGUUUUAAACCUGUUCUGACAGUCAUCGUAUGCACAGGUGCAAAAGAGAGUGCUUGUUUUCUGUAAUGUUUCUGUGGCAGUGUGGUGGAAUCCAAAAAAAGGACAUUAUACAAAUGAGCUGGGUUGCUCCUGUCUUCCGUGACACUAUCUUCUCCAGAAACCAGCAGUAUUUUUCUCCCCAUUAGCAUUGUUAUAUUUUCCUUUUUAGUGUUUAUAUUGCUUCUAAUGCACUUCAGUGUGGCCAUAUAGAGUAAGCUUUACCAUUCUCAUUUGUUGAUGGAGAAAUAGCGCAAGCUUAAGGUUGUGUUUUGUUGCCAAGUGCCAUCACAAACAUGCACAUGGCUUUAAGAAAUUCCCACUGCCUUUGAUUUAUGUUUACAUGAUGUUGACGCAUACUUUAAUUGAAACACUUUGCGGGUAUGCUUUUGCCAUAUUGAUAUUUACUUGUUUAGAACAGAAGGUGUUUCAAGCUGUGUGCUUGUUACUGAUGCCAGUUUUUUACAACUUGUGAUUGAGCCAGCAUUUUUUCCCCCUCAUAAGGCUCGAAUGAAAUUCAAAAACUGCCCAAAUUUUUGUGCAGCUUUUUUGUGUGAAAUUGUUUGUUGUAAAGUUACUUGUCCAAAAUAUUGUAUAGUGUAGUAUGUUUUAGGUAAUUCAAGUGUAUGAUUGUAAAUUAUGUUCCGAUGUGGCAGCUAUGGAUUCAAGGUCUCAGUUUUAGGCAGUUUCUUUUGUAAAACACCACAUGUUGGCAUAGAGUUUACCCAUUCACGCAGAUGGUGACUCACAUGUGCCCUUUUUUUUAUAGUGGAACCCAUCCUGCCCAUUUUUAUGUCCUGAACUAAUCCUCGCGAACGUCUUAACACUCUCUAUCGUCCCUCGACGUUCUGCCGAGCACUUCUCACAGUACGUUCUUUCUGGGCGUGCUUAGGUCAAGGCAGAAGAGAUCGCUUGAGAACAAGUCGUGAGCGAUUAACUUGUGCUGCACAGGUGCCAGGCAGCCUUUGGUCCGUGCGCAUACUCCAAGGUGCAUUCCAUUUUUUAAGGCGGCAGUGCUGCUUCAUGCCUCGAAUGUCGCUUUGCCAGUCAGGACCUCUGGAUCCUGCUUGCAGCGCACAAGAGACUCUGUUUUCAGGGGCCCUCUGUCAUCGCGUUGCUCCUCUUGCAACACUACCAUCCAGAAACUCACAGCUUCCACUGAAACAAAGUGAGGAGCUGGUUCCUUUGUUACCCAGGAAGUGAGACAAAGGGGGUUAUUUAUUAUUAUAUCAGAGUUGUAUACACAUAGGAGGGAGAGAGCAUACACCCAUUGAGGUUCCCUGCCUUUCGUGUGUGACACAGUGGAAGGUGCAGUGUUUUUCUACACGUUACUGUAUACAACAUGCACAUUAUACUUGAAGCGUGUUCACCCAGUGCAAGUAUGUCUGGCUGUGUGGGUGUAUUUAAAAAAAAAAAAGCAUGCAUCUUAGCUUUGUAUGUGUCUUGCAUUUGUCAGCAACAGCUCAUUUUUUUGUUCAGAGGAAGCCAAGAUGCUCAAGUCUAAGCAAAAUUUUUUGUUCCACUUAAUGUAAACAUACAACAAAAAUGCUCAUUGUGACAGUGCUGCAACUAUACCACAGUAUGUAGAAAGCUCCUGCUUGACAAUAAGGUGUUUUUGACUCGGUGAGAGGCUGAAGUAAAAUAUAUUAUUAGCUUUAAUUUGUUUUUGAUGUGCAGCUUCGAACAGGUGGACAUAGAAAUUGCCAAUUUAUUGGUGCUCAUGUAUAGUGAUGCUCUUAAAGACCUCUUUAAGAAUUUGUUUGGACAUGAGCCUUCUGAACACUUUUAUUCUUUCUGAUGUUUGCUUGGCUUUUUUUCCUUAUCAUAUCAGCAUGGUCUAUGUGCUAGGCUGAACAUGCCAUUCAUUCCAGGUGUGUUUCAGCACAUUAUAUUGUAUGUUUAGUUAAAACGAAUCCUUGUAUUGUGUGGAAUGUCAUCACCAAUUUCAUCUUUGUCCUCCUUAUUUUAAUUUUUAACAAUUGUCACAUUGUGCUAGUCACACAUGAUUACAGAAAACUAACAGAAUGCACUGGCCUUGUGGUUUUUAGGUACACAUCUCCUGCUGUUGAGUGAUGUGACAUGCACCCAACAGGGUGUACAUUUUCUUUUUGUGUGUAUACUCUUCAAGUCCUAUUCAAAGUCGUUGCCCUUCUGCCCUCAGUACUGUGGUGUUUGUUGGCUGCAGCUGCACAAAUGAGCCGCAGUCACGCUUUUGUUUGUCCCCCCUGCUGUGAGUGAGUUAGCUGAAGCUGCAAAAAAAAAAAAAAGCUGAACAAAGCUGUGCACGCACUCUUGAAGCAACUACCAGCAGAAAAGCAAAGCCAUCAAGCAUGUAGUACCACCACAACUUGUAGUGGAUUCACGCAUAUAUAUAUAUAUA